AUGAGUGAUAUCUUGUUUGUAGGACAUUGCACUAAAGAUGUUAUUACCAUUAACAAUGAGACAUCAUACUUACCAGGUGGUGGUGUCUAUUUCGGAGCAGUUUCCGCUGGUUAUUGCCUCAAAGCACAUCCAUCCGACAAGGACAUCAAACUCAUUGUUCUUACAAUCGGUAAGAAGGAAGAUUACGUAAAAGUCCAACAUGAAAUGGAUGCUUGCGGUGCAAAAUUGAUCCUUAUCGAAGACGACAAGACAACAACAUUCGUCCACUCAUUCGAGGAUAACAACCCAGAUAAGCGUAUAUCUUCCGUUACAGACAUUGCCAGAUCUUUUACAUGGGACGAUGUUAAAAAUUACAAGGCUAAGUUCUGCUAUGUUAAUCCACUCUUCUUUGGAGAAGUUGAUCCAUCUCUCUUCAAGCUUCUUCACCAGAACUGUGAAUACGUAUCCUGUGAUGCUCAAGGCCUUCUUCGUCAUCAAAAAGACGGAAAGGUCUAUCUCAAGGCACCAGAGAACAUUCCAGCCGUCUUAGAUGGAAUCGAUAUCCUCAAGGUUGAUGCUGGCGAAGCUACAGCUCUUACAGGAAUUAAAGAUGAUACAAGAAAGGCCUGCCUUCAGCUUCUCAGCUACGGCCCACGUUGGGUUAUCUGCACACAAUCAGAUUAUGUCGAACUUCAUACAAAAGAGUCUGUUAUCAGCUCCAAAUUUGGACAAUGGUCUCUUGCUGGUCGUACAGGUCGUGGCGAUACUGUUUCAGCUGCUUUCAUCCUUGAACACUUCCUUGCUGAGGUUGAUGCUCAGAAAUCUCUUGAUAUCGCUGCCACUGCCACAGGAAAGAAGAUGAUGCAUCCUGGCGCAGCUGUAUUAGCUGAUUAUCAGUAA